CUCAAGUAUGCAUUGCAAAAACAAGAGUACAAAUAAAAUGAUAACUAAGGUUUGGUUUUUGCUUAAGCUUCUAACGUUCCAAGGUCUUUUCACUUCACCUCCUCCGGAUCCAGGCUUUGAUUUCUUCUACCUUGCUCUUCAGUGGCCUGGAGCCUAUUGUGAUACAAAGCGUGCUUGUUGCUAUCCAACAACAGGUAAACCUGCGGCAGAUUUUGGCAUCCACGGUCUGUGGCCUAAUUACAACAACGGUUCGUAUCCAUCAAACUGCGAUCCCAGCAAUGAAUUUGAUCCAUCUGAGAUAUCGGAUCUUGUAAGUACUUUGCAAACGAAGUGGCCAACACUAUCUUGUCCGAGCAACGAAGGUUACAAGUUUUGGGAACACGAGUGGGAAAAACAUGGUACGUGUUCCGAAUCCGUAAUGGACCAACAUGGCUACUUUGAGAAAACUCUUGCACUCAGAGACAGAAUCAAUCUUCUUCAAAUUCUUACAGACGCAGGAAUCAAACCAAACGACGAAUUCUAUAAACUUAAAGACAUUAAAAAGGCGAUAGAAAAAGCAACUGGAUUUACUCCAGUAAUCAAUUGUAACAGAGAUCCGGAGAAAAACCGUCAGCUUCACGAGAUCUUACUAUGCGUCGAUAAAUCAGGAACUGAGUUUAUGGACUGUCCAAUGCCUACAGAUAGAUGUCCUUAUUCACAUAUCCAGUUUGCCAAAUUUUAAUUAUAUCUUUCUUUUAGUGUUUUGUUAUAAACUAAAUUUCACGUGGAAGCUAAAAUGUAAUGCUGUACACGCUACUUUUACUUUAUAAAAAUAUAAUAAGACAAGCUUUGGUGUGAUAACGGCAUGCAUGUCUAUAAAUUACAACGUAUUGUUUUAUUUAAUUUUGGAUUAAUUUGGAGUAUCUCAAGCUUAUAAAAUGAUCCAUACUAAUUUUUAAAGAGAGAUAUUCAUAGAUGGGUCUUCUUUGGGAAUGCAAAUCGUAUU